UAUGCUCCGUGCUCUCUUCGAAGCGGUGUGUAGGGUUUUCCGGUUUGUCUCUCCUCAAAUGAUCAUAAACUUUUCAAUUUUAUGACUGUUUGACUGAAACAGUCGGUUUUAAAUUUGUAUACGUAUAUUCCAAUAAGAAAUGACGUUAAAUGGAUGUGGUGUGCGCCAAGAGAUCAUCCUACGAUCUCUCUCAAUACUUCAUCUCAUUCUUGUGAUUAGUAAUAUAUUUGUGUUGGAUCCACGUGUAUUUACGCCAUUAUGGAUAAUCUACUCGAUUGGUGUUGUAUGCUUUUUCACAUUGUUCAUAUAUUCGUGUGUUCGGUAUCAAGCAUGGUUCUUCGUAGUGUCAUUGUGCUUUCAGGCUCUCUAUAUCGUUUCAGCCGGAUAUUUGGCGUCAUUGGCUCUAAUGGGAUAUUUCACCAUAAAAAUGACGUUAAUGUGUGUGGUGUUUGGAACGAAUACACUUGUAAUUAUCACUGACGUUAUUUCAAUGAUAGCCGUCUUUACAAUUCGAUCAGAUCAACUGAGAAGACGUGCAGAGACGAAACGAAUUCACAGAAGGCAGGAUAUAGAAGCCUCAUUUUCUAAAUAUUAAUUUUCUGUCGUGAAAACUCCUUAUUUCUUCUGUUAUGGAGACAAAAUGUAUUCCGUGCAACACGGUAUUGGCACAUAAAUAAGUGAAAAUGUUAAUUUGAGUAUAAAUGAACGUUUCUCAGUAUUUUAAAUUUAUUCCCGAUUUUACUCUGCAC